AUUUUUAUUUUUUUUUUUACCGAAGAAAUAAAAAAUUCAUCAUCAUUCAUCUCAACAAUUUCAAUCAAUAAUUGUUUUCGCUACCGUGUAGCGAAAAUAUAUCCUUCUUCCUCACUCUUCCUCCUUUUUCCCUUCUUCCCUCUCCAAUUUUUUCUCGCUAUCACAUAAUCACACAUGAAAUUAAAUUCUCCUUUCACAAUAGCUUGUAAAAAUGACUCUUCAUUACAAAUUUGCUCUUGUGAUUUCCGAGUAAAUAUACAUGAUUGUCCAGAAUCACAUAUAUUAAUAAUAUCAAAUUGGCUAGUAUUUUCAUAUUGCGGUCUAUUAACUAUAACGGCUGCAACAAGUCUAUGGUAUUUAAUUAAAAAGAAAGACCAAGCUUUUUUUCUUCCUUCCAGAAGAGAUAGAGGAAAAAUAAAACCAAGACCGCAACAUACUUAUUUUACAAUGUGUUUGGCUUAUUGUCCAUUUCAAAUGAUUCAUUCGAUAUUAUUAUUAACUGAUUCUUAUCCAAAUAUAAUGUGGGCAGAAAUUGGACAUACUUUACCUAUAGUAUUAACUACAAUGGUUGCAAUAUUAUAUCCAUUGAGUAUUUUAUAUUCAAUAUCAGCAUUUGAAGUUGGAACCAAUUUACGUCCAAUAUCAAUGUCAAGUAUACUAUCUGAAGUGCCUAUAACAAGAAAUGCCAUAAAGACUGACUUGGCCUGUAUUUUUAUGAUUAUAAUAACUUUUUGUCUUUUCGUGUUGGCGGCAGCUUUAACAGGUUAUUACGCUGAUAUAAAUGAUCUUACAAAUGCAAAUAAGUUAUUUUUAAUACAGAAUUUUGUAUGGGCAAUUUGGGGAUUUUUCUACAUAAUAGCAAUGUUAUGGUUUUGGUUUAGAUUUAUAAAUAUUGUAUUGGAGAACAUUAAUGAUUUAACAAAUCAACAUCAAACUCAAAAUUCUGAAUUACAAAAUAAGCUUGAACAAUUAAGAAAAGGUACCCGUAAUUUAUCAUUACCAGUUUAUGGACAAAUAAUAACAGUAAUUAUAUAUAUACCAGCAUUAAUAUUAUAUGGAUUAUAUCAUCGAACGAGUACAAUAUUUAAUUUUAAGAUUAAUUUAUUUUAUAUGAGCAUAUGGUAUUUUACAUUCCCCCUAAUAUUACACAUAACUCAAUGGUUAAUGAUUUAUAAUAUCAUUACUACACCAGGUAAUUCUGGAAAAAACUCUACCAAUAAAAAUCAUUCUCGUAAUAAUGAUGAAACGAAAGUUAGUGUUAGCACUUUUAAUGGAAACCCUAAAGUGAAAAGGAAUAGUAAUAAAAUGAAUAGUAAAUUGACAGGUGUGGAAAAUGAUAUUGUUGAAGAAGAAAUGUACAAUACUUAUACACCAAAAAGUGAUAUUAAUAAUGAAGAUAAUGAAGGAAAUGUUAAUUCAAUUAGUGGAAUACUUAAUAAAAAUGAUAAAAUUUCACAACCUAGUGGGAUUAGUGGAAAGAGGGGUAGUACUAGUUUUUCUAGUCACACUAUUUUUUCAGAUACUUCUACUUUAAUCACUAAUGGUUACAACCGACCAAUUUCUCCAACUUUUACUAUGUCAAAUAUUACUACUUCAUGCCCUACUUCACCCCGAUUUUCAUCAUCAAUGCCAUCAUCACCUUCUUCACCUUCUCCGAUUAAUAUUCCUAUGGUCCCAAUUCAUCGAGAUAGUAUUGCUAGUCAAAGAGAUAGUAUUAAUAGUAAUAUGAGUAAUUUUAGUAUUACUAGUAAUUUUAGUAAUAAUAUUAGUAGUAAUCAAAGAAAAGAAUGGUUAGCUAAACGUCCUGCUAUCACUCCUAAUCGUCAUCGUCCUUUAUAUAGAGAUAGUUAUAAAAAUAGUCUAUGAUAUUAUUAAUUAGAUUUGGGUUUUGGUAUAUAAUUGGCUUGGGAAUAGAAAAUAUUUUUUUUUAAUUGGGUAUUGUAUAUUAGUUUAAUAUUGCAUUUUAUUUUAUGGCUGAAGGUUUAUAUUUAUAUUUAUAUUUGAAUCU